AUGGCCACCUUUUCGUCGACACCCAUCGUUAUUGAUGGCAAGGGCCACCUCCUUGGUCGAUUGGCCUCAAUCAUCUCCAAGCAGAUCCUCUCUGGUCAGAAAAUUGUGGUGGUGAGGUGUGAGGAAAUCAACAUUUCCGGUAGCUUCUUCCGUAACAAGCUCCGCUACCACAACUUCCUCCACAAGCGCCACAUUGUGAACCCCAAAAAGUCCGGUCCAUUCCAUCACCGCGCACCCUCCAAGAUCCUCUACCGGGCGAUCCGGGGCAUGACCCCACACAAGAGCGCCCGCGGUGCCGCUGCCCUCGAGCGCCUCAAGCUGUUCGAGGGAGUCCCCCCACCAUACGACAAGAAGAAGAGGAUGGUGGUCCCCGAAGCUCUGCGAGUAUUGAGGCUGAAGCCCGGCCGCAAAUACUGCACCGUCAAGCGUCUCUCGCACGAGGUUGGGUGGGGAUACAAGGACAUUGUUGAUCGUCUUGAGGAAAAGAGAAAGAUCAAGGCACAGGCAUUCCACGAGCGCAAGCUGGCUGCUGUCAAGUUGCGCCAAAAGGCGGUUGCAGACACGGCAUCAUCUUUCGAACAGCUCACGCAGUUGGGAUACUAG